UUUUUUUUUCUUUUCCUUUUUUUUUUCAGUAUUUUUAUUAUUCUUCUUUUACAUUAAUUAACAUGUUUCAUCCAACAAGAGGAGGUGUACGUGGAGGUAGAGAUCAGUUUAGCUGGGAAGCAGUAAAAGAGGAUAAACAUCGAGAAAAUUAUCUUGGUCAUUCUUUAAUGGCCCCUGUAGGUCGUUGGCAAAAAGGAAAGGAUCUUACUUGGUAUGCCAAAGAAAGUAAAGAUGAAAAUAAAGCUAAAGCAGAUGCUGAAGAAUUAGCAAGAAUUAAAGAAGCUGAGGCUGAAGCUAUGGCAAUUGCACUUGGUGUAAAAAAGAAAAAGAAAUUAGAAAGCAAUGUUACAGAAGAAGAUUUAAAACAUGCUUUGAGUAAGGACGAUGAUGAUGCCAUUGAUGAAAUAAGUCAGGCAGAUACAGUAGAAAAGGGUUUAGGAUAUGGUAAAUUAUUAAAUCGUUUCCCUACUCAACAACAUAUGCCAAGUGAUGGUAGACCUGUUGAAAUUAUGAAUAUGGAUAGCCAUUCUUAUCCUAUUUCUACACAAUCAAAGGAUGAUCACAAUACAGAUGAUGAGCAUAGUAAUAACCCCAAGAAAUCUAAAUCUCGUCAUAAACACCAUAAAAGUGAUAAGAAAAAGAAACAUAGUCGUCAUAACGAUGAUGAGAGUGUGGAAAGAGAAAGAAAACGAUCUUCAAAACAUCACCAUCGUCAUCAUCAUGAUGAACAUAAAAGAGGUCGACGUGAUGAAAAUAGAAGUGAUAGAUCAAGCUCUCAGUAUAAUAGUCAUAAAAGGAGCAGUCGAGGACGAGAUGAAGACGAUGAUUAUUACCGUAAACGACGUAGAUCUAAUGAAAGAACAAGUAGACAUUAUCAUCGUGAAUCAUCCAUUAACCGUGAUGAUGAAAUUAGGAAAAGUAAAAGCCGUCAUUCUUUAUCCCCACAGCGUUCAUUAUCUCCUUAUAGUAAACGUGUACAACUUUCAAAAAGACAAUAAAAUAUAGUCGUUGUUUCAUAUAAAAAAAUAAAAUAAAAUAAAAUGUUUGUAAAUAUCAUGGUAUAAUUAAC